AUGGGUGGAGCAACAAGUAAGUGCGUCGGGGCAUCGUUGCACGUGAUACGGGUGACAAAGAACUCUGCUGCAGACAGAUGCGGAGUAAUUCCAGUGUUCAACUACAUAGUGGGGGUGAACGGCGAGGCUGUCACCUCAGAGGCCGACAUAAUAAAAAUAACGCAGUUGUGGGAGCAGGGAUCUAUAAAGCUGAUGGUUUACGACUCGAGGUUAAAAAGCACCCACCCUGUGGACAUGCUUCGGCAGAACAACGAAAAAAUCGGCUUUAGCAUAAAGCUGCACCGAGAAGAAAUGGCGCCGGUCACGUUCCGAGUGCUGGACGUAGACUACAACUCUCCAGCAAUUGAGUCUGGCCUCCGAAAAAACGAAGACUACAUCAUAGGGCACGAAAACGGGACGUUUUCAAACGUCUACGAGUUUGAGUCCAUACUGGAGAGGCACCGAGGCGCCGCCCUGCGCCUGCUGGUGUACAACAUAGGGAGGCUGAGCAUACGAAAAGUGGAAAUCGUUCCAACCGCGCAGGGAGAGAUUGGGUGCGACCUGGGGAGCGGAAUUUUGAACGAAGUUCCGUACACAAAUGCCAAAAUAGAGAUAGUCGACGAAAUAGCGCCUCGAGGAGCUGCAGAGAACGGGCCGGACACAAAGGCCAGCGCCGCAGAAGAGCCUGCAAAAAGCUGCGCGCCCAACCUGGCGCAGUCCCUGGGCAAAAUGGAAAUCAGCGCCCCAGCGCCGGUGGGCGAGAGUUCUGCGCCUGAAACAAGUCCGCACAUAGAGGCAGAGAUAGAGGAGGAAAUGCGCGCCGAAAUAGGGGGGCAGGAGCUGGAGCACUGCUUAGAGCAGUCACUGUAUGAAGACAUGGAGGCUGCCGAGCCUGCUGAAACUGAAAGCGCUGCUUGCAGUGUUGCUGAUGCUGCCGCUAAAGACAGCGCUCUGGAUGCUGCGCCUGUGGUGGACCACAUUGCAAGAAUAUCCAACUCCCAGCACCACGACAUCAUGGCAGAGUACCAGCUGGAGGGCGCGCACGGGCCCUCGCAAAACACAGCGUAUAACUGCAAGAACGCAGGGCACGUGGCCUCUGCCAUCUUGGUGGCGCCGGAAAGCGAGGCGCAGCACGCGCACGAGUAUUUGCGCCAGCCGCAAGAGCACGAGGGCGGCGCAGAGUACGCGUAUGCAGAGGCUGACCCCUCCAUAAACCCGGCCAGGGCGUACAUAUACCAGGACAGCGGCUAUGCCCAGUUUCCAGACGAGGGCGAGUAUGCCUAUACCGGAAGUGAGUGUGGUGGGGAGCAGGCGUGCGAGUAUGUAAAUGAGGCAGACGGGCAGCUGUACACACACGACCCUGCGCUUGCGCCUGAAAGUGCGCAGCUUUAUGGCGAGCCCGAAAGACAGGAACACAUGUAUGCAGCGCCGGGCCAGUUUUUGUACGACGAGGCGGCAGGGCAGGCAAGCACGUAUGUGCCCCCCAGUCCAGGCAUGUACAACGAGCACGCGCAGCCUGGCCCGCUUGCAAACUAUCUAACGGGUGUCCAGACUCCGCAGAGCGAGCACAUGUACCAGGCAAGCCCCUCGGGGAAUCCACAUAAUAAAAAAGAUGGGCAUGGGAAACCCGCAAAGGACCCCUUCUAUCUGCAGUCUGGCGAUGAGGGCUACAACACGGAUGACAUAUCACAGAUGUUUUGA